UAACGCGUAUUCCCCACCAUCUAGACACUCCCGAAGCUGACAGCUUCUCCAUUUUCCCUGAUCUUCUUCUAACCCGCGUUCAUUCAUCUUCUCGCGCGCAUUCAUUCAUCUUCAACAUCCUAUACUUCCUUCUAAUCACAAUUCUUAUGGCCAAUCGACGAAACCCUAGACAUCUUCACCUCAAUAUCAUCUUCCAAUUACUCGCCCUCCUCUCCCACUCUUCUGCUCUCUUCUCUCCUCCCGACAACCACCUCAUCUCAUGUGGCUCCCUUACCCCCACCACCCUCGAUGACCACCGCAUCUUCCUGCCCGAUGCCAGUUGUCUCAUCUCCGAUAAUCCAAUCUCUAUCUCCGCAGAUGCUAACCCCCCUCUCCAAUCCCACACAUACGCUUCUCUUUACAAAUCAGCUAGGGUUUUCACGUCUCCUUCCUCUUACGAGUUCCACAUCAGCAACAAGGGCACACAUAUCGUCCGCCUUCAUUUCUAUCCCUUCUCCACCCACAGCCACGACCUUGCCUCUGCUCAUUUCCAUGUCGUGGCCUCUGGCUUCGUUUUGCUCAGCAAUUUUACCGCUUCUUCCGACUCUCCGAUGAAGGAGUUCAUCUUGAAAGCAGACGCGGAAAAGCUCGUGAUCUUCUUCGUGCCAGUGGAUUCGUCCUCAUUUGCGUUUGUGAACGCCAUCGAAGUCAUCUCUGCGCCAGCAGACCUUGUAGAAGAUAGGGCAAGAUUGGUUCAAGCUGACCAAGUUUUGAGUUUUGAUGGGUUAUCGAAAUUGGCGAUGGAAAUCAUGUUUCGGAUCAAUGUUGGGGGUCCAAAAGUGACACCGUUUAAUGAUACCCUGUGGAGGACAUGGGCUCCUGAUACUGAGUUUUUUUAUUCAAAUUCUAUUGCCAAAAAUGUAUCUUUUAGUGGCAGGAUUGUGUACCAGAGGUAUGGGCCCAGCCGUGAAGUAGCACCUGACAGUGGGUAUAAUACUGCAAGGAUUAUUGAUGUUGUCAAUUCUUCUGAGCUAAGCUCUAGAAUGACAUGGAAAUUCCCCGUGGAUCAUGGAUAUAAGUACCUCAUUCGGUUGCACUUCUGCGAUAUUGCUAGCUUGGCUCUUAAUGAGCUGUAUUUUAAUGUUUUCAUCAACGGACAUCUUGCAUAUGAAAAUUUUGAUAUCUCCUCUGCAACUGUUCAAGUUUUGGCUUCUCCUUACUAUGUGGACUUUGUUGCUGAUGUGGGCAUUUCAGACUUUCUGUUUGUCAGCAUUGGCCCUUCCAGGUUCGUUGGUCAUUCGAGGGUUGAUGGGUUGCUGAAUGGACUGGAAAUUAUGAAACUUAAUAACACCGUUGGAAGCUUGGACGGUGUGCUUCCAUUUGCUUUGGUUUUACAUAGUUCACGAGGUGGCUUUAGCACAGUUAUCCGUUCACUUAUUUGUUGGUCUGCUUUUGUCAUGUUGUCGGCUGUUGGGUUUAUGUUAAUAUUGAGAAGGAGGGCUGAGUCAAGAAACCGCAUUGCAUGGUCUCCUUUGCCGAUGGAUGUUAAAAUUGCAAAAGGAGGCCAAUUUGCAUGAGGAGAAGUCAUCUUCUUCCUAAGGUUUCUCUUAGGGCCUAAUAGGUCAGAGUUUGGCUACUUGAUCUGUUGGUUUUGUAAGUUCCUGAUAAAUAUCUACUUUUGUGAUCUAGAAGAGUGGACUUUGUGAAAGCUAAAUGCUCUGUGUAGGAUGGUAAAGUCACGUUUAGCUUAGGGUGUGCCCGCACACCCCACCUAAUUUUAGAUUUCUGCCCCUUGCUAUUUCUUUUAAAGCAUAUAUUAAUGGAAGCUAUUGAUUUUGUGUUUUGAAUAUAACUAGCAGUUUGCUGUUUAGUAUUCACUUGUGGAUUUAAUUGAAUUCAUUGAGUGGUCAA